CUUCUGGGUGGGUUCGCUUCAUACAUCUUGCUGGCUGGUUUACAGUGUGUCCACACACACAUAUAUAUGUAUGUAUGUAUGCGUAUACGUACCGCCAAUAUGUAUACACGUGCACGCGGCCCUCGUGUACACACGUUGGUGUCUGUCUGCCAAAUGUGGUUGGUGUUUGAUUGGAUUGGUUCAUCCACGAGGGCGACUGCCUAGCCACAUCCAUCCAUCCAUCCAUCGAAUCGACCAGCUCAGCGAGGCCCUGUCCAUCCAGGCCACCUGCAAAUGAAGCAUGUACAGGGACGAUACACGUACGACAGAGGGAGGGAGGGAGGGAGAGAGGGGGAGAGGGAGGCCUGCUUAGACGUGUGUGUAUGCCAUGUCUGUAUGUCUGCAGCAUGGAUGUGGCCAUGGAUGUGUGUGUGUGUGUGUAUAAGUACAACAUUCAUCCUUGCAGACAGACAGACAGACAGACAGACGUUCGUGUGUGGGUGCUGCUGCUGCGUGUGACAACUUGCUUUCCUGUCUGCCUUCCUGUGUCGAUAGCAGCUGCUCAUCUACGCCUGUCCGUCCGUCUGGCCCUCCUCGCGAUGCGUGUGUUUUGAAGUCUCGAUGCAUGUGUAUGUGUCUGUCGCGUGCUGCUGCUUUAGUGCGUGUGUGUGCUGUUCGUUUCUGCCUGACACGUGCGGGCUGCCCGACAAUUUUGCUGUGCGUGUUGUCUGGCUGCUUGCCUUCGUGUUUGAUUGGCUGCUUGGGCGGCUGUGUACAUCUAUCUGAUUAGUCUUUUCUGCCCGUCACGUCGCUGCCUAGUCGUCCUCAUUGUGUUGUGUGGGUGGGUGUUGUAUGUAUCGGCGGCAGAGUGCCGUUGAUGACUAGAUGUGCAUAUGCUGGCGCGCCGAAUGCGGCGCGGACGUCCGGGUGUACGGAACAGCUUGGUGCGAUGAUUGCGAUCCAUUAGUGCUGUCAAAGCUCGCAAAUCAGAACCGCUCUCUCUCAGCAGCCUGACUAAUGCCGUCAGACAGAUCACGGUGCGUGGGCAGUGAAUGAAUGAACGAGUCACAAGAUCUGUGUAUUGUCCGCCAUCAGAUACACGUUUGACGAUUUGGGCACCGAUGGGGAGAUCCACGCCAUCAUCCCCAUCGCCGACCACAUCAAGGUCACUGACGCACAGACACAAACAAAGGCACACACACAGAAACACAGAGAUCUGUCAAUAGUUGCCUGCACAUCCUAUCUCUGUGAUCUCUCUCUGCUGCGGCCGUGCAUCAGGCCAAGGACAUGGCCAUCGACAUCCACAGCUCCAGGCUGAAAGUGGCCAUCAAGAGCGAGAACACACCUAUCAUGGUACGGUGCGACAGAUGGCAACCACGAACACACGUGUGUGAGUGCAAGCCGUUUGCGAAUUAAUGACCCCCAGGAUGAUUCGCUGUGGGCCAAGGUCAAUGCCGACGACAGCUACUGGGAGAUCGACACUGUCGAGGGAAAGGGUACGUGUCUGCACACGAGCAAUGAUCAACGCACCGGGUGUGGUGUGGUAUGUAUGGUGUGUCUGUCUGCGGCGUGCCUGUAGGUCGUGUGGUUCGUGUGGUCCUCAAGAAGGUGCAGGCGUACACCAACUGGGAGUACCUCCUCAAAUGCGACGAAGUCCCGCCAGACACCACCGUCACACACAAGGUCAGACAUCGGUUCACACACACUUACACACACACACACACGCAGACGCCUUUCUGUCUGUCUGUCUGUCUGCGUGUAGGUGUAUUUCGAUAUAUCGCUCGACGACGAGCCGGCCGGGAGGGUACUCAUGGGCCUCUACGGCAACCAGUGCCCAAAAACAGGUAGGUAUCCACCGAUCCAUUGCGCCUUCAUGUGUCCUGUGCGUGGAUUCAGUCGAGAACUUCCGCGCACUGUGUGUGGGCGACCGCACGAGCGAGGACGGCACGCCGCUCAAGUACAAGGGCUCAUUCUUCCACAGAAUCAUCCCCGGCUUCAUGUGCCAGGCAACCAUACACACAUGCACACACGCACACACACACAGACGACACACACGUGCAUUUGUGGUGCAGGGCGGCGACUUCACAAAGAAUGACGGCACCGGUGGUCUGUCCAUCUAUGGGGAGAAGUUUGCUGACGAGGACUUCGGCAUCAAACACACACACGGGGGCCAAUUGUCAAUGGCCAACGCAGGACCCAAUACCAACGGCAGCCAGGUACGCACCCACACAGACUCACACACGUCGUUUCUCGCCUUGAGUGCCACAAACCAAUCUGUCUGUCUGUCUGUCUGUCUGUCUGUGAUGUCAUUCAUUCAUGUGUGUGCAGUUCUUCAUCACUGUGACGGAGUGUCCCCACCUGGACAAGAAGCAUGUCGUCUUCGGGCACGUCAUCGACGGAUUCGACACCGUCGUCAAACAAAUGGAGGCCGUAAGCUGACAGACAGACACACACUGGUCUGGUGCCCCCACUUGCACCAGGGAGUGCACCGUGACAUGUGCUGUGUCGACAGUGCGGUGCAUCGGACGGGAGCACGAGCAAGAAGGUGGUGAUCGCCGACUGUGGUGAGUCUGACGAUCACCAAGAGAACUGAAUGCAGCCAUGGCAGGCAGGCAGGCAGGCAGGCAGGCAGAGAGAGAUACAUAGAGCGGCCAGGCUGGGCAGCUGUGACGUACCAUGUCCAGGGACUCUUGUUUGUCUGUCGUGUGUUUAGGUGAGUUGACUGAGUGAAGUGCGUGCCUUUAUAGGGGCUGCCGUGCCGAGUAGCACUUCCAUGCGUAAUAGUGCAUGCGUGACGUAAACCGGCCGACCAACACAGACCCAUUCAUGCAUUCAUCAUGUGUGAAUGUCACUCAUCGCACGCAGC